AUGGAAGACGGAACAUUAAAAGAAAUCCACAAAGCCAGCGGUGGUCCAUGGGGAGGUAUCUAUGUUGAUGAAAAAUAUAUGAAGAUGUUGUGCCAGUUGUACGGGGAAAAGGCUCUGAAUGACCUGCGAACGACAGGGAUGAGUGAUUAUUUUGAUAUCGCUCGUGAUUUUGAGCACAAGAAACGAUCCUUUGAUACCGAGAACACAAAUCAUGUUGUUAUUCGUUUGACUGUUUCAUUGCGUGAGAUUGCUGAUAAACAUUUCAAACAAUCUUUAGAGGAGAGAAUUGCGGCUUUGGACAUUCAGGAAAAUUCAAUAAUUCCGAAAGGUAGUGACAAGCUGAAAGUCGUCGGAAAUGUUAUCCAAUCAUGGUUCAAAGGUCCAAUCGAUCUGCUGAUUCAGCAUAUCAAAUCACUCUUAGCAGAAGCAAAGAUGGGACGCGUGAAAACAAUUAUUCUGGUAGGCGGUUUCGGUGAAAGCCCUUACGUUCAGGAGAGAAUGAGGAAUGAAAUAGCUGGCGUAAGACUGAUCGUGCCUCCAGACGCAGAUAUGGUCGUGUUGAAAGGCGCUGUGAGGUUUGGACACAACCCCGCAACUGUCUCCUCCAGGGUCAUGAAAUACACGUAUGGGACAUCAAUGUACAGGAGUUUUGAUGAAAAGAAGCACCCAGAUGAUAAAAAGGUUUUGAACAAUGGAGAGUGGUUGGUGCCUUAUUGUUUCAAAGUGUACGUGCGAGUGAACGAGGAUGUGGGAGUGGACCACCAGGUGACAAACGCGGGUACCCCUGUCAGUAAAAUAUCCCUCACACCCGUUUACAGGACGGCACAGGUGAACCCUGAUUUUACAACAGACCCUAGAUGUGAACUGCUCGGGACUAUUAAGCUUGAAAACAGCUCCGAUAUUCCGUUUGAAGAACAGGAAUUAGAAGACACGUUUUUAUUCGGAGAUACUGAGUUGCUGGUAAAGUCAAAGAACACGGUCACAGGGAAAGAGGCAUUCAUGACAUUUGAGUGUUUCAAAUAA